CUUCUUCCGCCUGUCCGCUCCGCUGUCAUGGCGGCCUCUGUGGCUCCCGGGGUUAGGACUCUGUGGUGGGCAGGUGCUGCUUGGCUGCGUCAAGGAGGCAUCCGGGAGCUAUUCCGGCCGCGAAUUGAAGGGAGUACCCCGGGGCGUGACUUCAGUCUCUCUCAUUAUCAGAGCACGGUCAUCGUGGAGCGCUGGUGGAAGGUGCCGCUCGCCGGGGAGGGCCGAAAGCCGCACCUGCACCGGCGUCACCGCGUGUAUAAGUUGGUGGAGGACACGAAACACCGGCCCAAAGACAACUUGGAGCUCAUCCUCACGCAGUCUGUGGACGAAAUUGGAGUCCGGGGUGAUCUGGUCUCAGUGAAGAAAUCUGUGGGUCGUAACAAGCUCCUUUCUCAGGGACUGGCAGUGUAUGCUUCUCCUGAAAAUAGGAAGCUGUUUGAAGAGGAGAAAUCGCUGAGACGCGAAGGAAAACUGGAGAAGAUCCAGACAAAGGCAGGAGAGGCGACAGUGAAGUUUCUGAGAAGCUGUCAUCUAGAGGUGGGAAUGAAGAACAAUGUCAAAUGGGAACUAAACCCUGAAAUAGUUGCCCGCCAUUUCUUCAAGAAUCUUGGUGUGGUGGUUGCCCCACAUGCUCUGAGGCUGCCAGAGGAGCCUAUCACUCGGUGGGGCGAGUACUGGUGUGAUGUGACUGUAAAUGGACUCGACACUGUGAGAGUUCCUAUGUCCGUAGUGCUCUUUCAGAAGCCCAAGACGAAAAGAUACAAGCACUGGUUAGCCCAGCAAGCUGCCAAGAGCGUGGCCCCCACCAACCCCCAGGCUGUCUGAGUCAAAAGAGCCGUGGAGCAGCCUGGCCAGCACUUGGAGCUACCCCAGCUCUGAGCAGAUGUGGAUCAUUGAGAACAUGUGGACUCAGCAGACUGAGCUGCACAUACGGGGCAGGUUCGCUGUGGUUGUCAUCUCCUUCAGUGGUCAUCGUAGCCAGCUGUGUUGCCUCGCUCUGCAGGCAGUAGAUGUAAUAAGCUGAAUAUCAGUGGCCAAAACAGUCUUCUUAGCCGUUCCAUCUUUGGGAGAGUUGGUGGGAACAGGUGCAGGGGCCUAGCCACUAUUCUGACAGUUGUUUUAUUCUCAGCCAGACUGUGUCUUGUGCAGAAAUGAAGAGCUGCUUAACUGGGCUUCAGUUGACGGGGCAGGAUAUCCAAGUAAGGUGUCUUGAGCCAUGGAGGGCUGUACAAAGGAGGAAAAUAUAGCCAUUCUCUGUGUCCUACAGCUGCCAUGAGCAGACUGCUCUGAACAUAGCCAAUUACAUCUGCUCUUAGAGCUUUCUCUCUCCAUGUGGUUGAUAGAGUGGAUUCCACUAAGAUCUGUAUAAGGCCUAAGGAUGAUUGACAGAGAAAGUGAAGCUGGGAUUAAAGAUGCUUAAAAAGAAAAA